UGGAAAUAAAGAAUGAUUUAUUAAGAAUUUUUUUGUCUUUAUUCAUAAUGCACCCAGCCUCGGGUAGAGGCAGGCCCGCAACUGAACGAACUGUUUUAAAUAUAUUUGAUUUAUAUAUUUUCUGUCUUCUUCGUAACACAUAUGCUAAUUAACACAGGACACAAGCCUUGAUAUGUAUGUGAAGUAUGUAAGAAAUCAUAUAGUCAAAAGAUUAAACAUGCACAUGUUUACGCACACAGGAGAGAAGUCGCAUGUGUGUGAACUAUGCAAGAGGUCAUUUAUUCAGAAGAGUAGUUUAAAAAGGCAUAUGCUUAUUCACACAGGAGAGAAACCUUAUAUGUGUGAAGUAUGUAAGUACUCAUUUAAACACAAGUGGUCAUUAAUUACUCAUAUACCUAUUCACACAGGAGAGAAAUCUCAUGUGUGUGAGGUAUGUAAGAAAUCAUUUAGAUGCAACGCUUAUUUAAAGAGUCAUAUGCUUAUUCACAGAGAAGAGAAACCUUAUAUGUGUGAAGUAUGUAUGAAGACAUUUACACAUAAAGGCCAUUUAAAGAGUCAUAUGCUAAAUCACACAGGUGAGAAACCUUAUAUGUGUGAAGUAUGUAUGAAGACAUUUACACAUAAAUGUCAUUUAAAGAGUCAUAUGCUGAUUCACACAGGAGAGAAGCCUCAUGUGUGUCAAGUAUGUAAGAAGUCAUUUAGUCAGAAGGGUAGUUUAGCCACACAUAUUCUUAUUCACACAGGAGAAAAACCUCAUGUGUGUGAAGUAUGUAACAUGUCAUUUAGUCAGAAGAAUUAUUUAAACAGACAUAUGCUUAUUCACACAGGAGAGAAAUCUCAUGUAUGUGAAGUGUGUAAGAAGUCAUUUAGUAAGAAGUGUAAUUUAAAUGCUCAUAUGCUUAUACACACACGAGAAAAACCUUAUGUGAGGCAAACCUCAGGGGAUAAACCUCAUGUGUGUGAAGUAUGUAAGAAGACAUUUUUUCAGAAGGAUAGUUUAGACACUCAUAUGUUUAAUCACACAAGAGAAAAACCUCAUGUAUGUGAAGUAUGUAAGAAGUCAUUUAGACGAAAGGUUCAUUUACGGAGUCAUAUGCUUAUUCACACAGGAGAGAAACCACAUGUGUGUGAAGUUUGUCAGAACUCAUUUAGUCACAAGUCUUCUUUAAAUAGACAUAUGUUUAUUCAUACAGGAGAGAAACCUCAUGUGUGUGAAGUAUGUAAUAAGUCAUUUAGCCUCAAGAAUUCUUUGACUUCUCAUAUGCGUACUCACACAGGAAAGAAAACUCAUGUGUGUGAAGUAUGCAAGAUGUCAUUUAGUGUCGGGGGCGCUUUAAAGAGCCAUAUGCUUAUUCACACAGGAGAAAAACAUCAUUUGUGUCUAGUAUGUAAGAAGUCAUUUAGACAUAGGAGUUCUUUUAGGAUUCAUAUGCGUAUUCACACAGGAGAAAAACCUCAUGUGUGUGAAGUAUGUAAGAAGUCAUUUAGAUACAAGCAUGAUUUCAAGAGUCAUAUGCUUAUUCAUACAGGAAAAAAACCUUAUGUCUGUGAAAUAUGUAAGAAGUCAUUCAGACUUAAAGACGGAUUAAAUAGACAUAUGCUUAUUCACACAGGUGAGAAACCUCAUGUGUGUGAAGUAUGUAAGAAGUCAUUUCAUCGUAAGGAUAAUUUAACUAGGCAUAUGGUUAUUCACACAGGAGAGAAACCUCAUGUGUGUGAAGUAUGUAAGAAGUCAUUUAGUGAGAAGGCUUUUUUAAAGAGGCACAUGCUUACUCACACAGGAGAGAAAUCUUAUGUGUGUGAAGUAUGUAAAAAGUCAUUUUAUUGGAAGGGUACUUUAGCUACUCAUAUGCUUAUUCACACAGGAAAGAAAUCUUAUGUUUGUGAAGUAUGUAAAAAGGCAUUUCCUCGAAAGGGUAAUUUAGUUACUCAUAUGCUUAUUCACGCAGAACAGAAACCUCAUGUGUGUGAAGUAUGUAGGAAGUCAUUUAGACACAAGUCUACUUUAACCAAACAUAUGCUUAUUCACACAGGAGAAAAUCCUCAUGUGUAAAAUGUCCUUGUGAAGAAUGUAAGAGGUAAAGAAGAAUGAGGGUAAAUUUAACAGGAAUAUGCGCAUUCAAACGACAGAGAAAACUUGUGUAUGAAGUAUGUAAAAAUUCAUUUUUAGUAAAUUAUGAGUAAAAUAGGCAUAUCCACUGAACAAAGAAGUCUCUUAUAUUAUGUAUGGAUGUAGAAUAAUUUGAAGAAAUAUAUGUUGGCCUACACAACACGAGAAACCUGCUUUUUGUAGAGAUGUUGAAUUAGUAUGUGCCUUUAAUUGUCUGUGUAGUAAUUGUGCAGCAGCAAACAGAGCUCAUUUUUUGAGUGCAAGUCAGUUUCAAUAGCUGCCAGUAUUUUGUGGUAGCAAAAUUCUUGGAAUUUAGAACCACUAAUACUGACUGCAUUCAGUAGCAGAAUUUUUAGUUUUAAAGCAUUAUAACGUGGUAUAUAAAACAUGCUGUCGACCCUAUGUGCAGUUUAUAAAAUUUCGUUUGUGCAAGAUAUAUCUCAAGUCUGUUUUAAGUAAUCUAAACUUGAAGCUACAUUUGCUACUCUGCUGCCCUAAAGGGUUUAAAACUGUUUAUACCAAACUUGAUUGAAAAGCUCUUAUUCAGAAUCUGUCUUGAUGUGUUUUGCAUUUCUUGCACCUUUUCCCAAAUUUGAGUGCUUGACUCUGGAUUCUUGUUUUCACAGUUUUUGUAUAUUUUGUAUGUGUUCAGUUUUACAUGUGUGACCUACCAAAAUGCAUUUUAUUCAUCAUAUGUUUGUUACCACUUUGAUAUACUUCUGAUACUGCAAUUCUGAAGCAUGGCUAAAUAUUUCAUCCACAUGUGUUUUAUUGUGAUGAAAUACUAAAGACCUGCAGUUAAAUUACAUAGUUCCAUUUUUUUUACAUCAUUUUUAGCUAUGUAGAGGUAUUACCAGCAAAUAUUAUUCUCAGUAUUACUAUCCAGCUUCAAUAUCAAAUGUGUCAAAUGUGUAACAUUCACAAAGCCAGUAUACUGGUAAAGGAAAAUGAGGUCUUGUCAAAUAUAUUCAGUUAGUCCUGGAUGUACCAAAUAGAGCAACCUGAUAAGAUUGAAGCACCUAAGAAAAAAUUUGAGGAAAUUCACUACGGAAAUAUCGUUUUCAAGCAGGAGAUCUUGUUUGAAAGAAAUUACUGCUCAUUUGGCUUUGAUAAUGACUGCCACAUGAUGAAGGAUUUGAAUUCCUGUUGACCCACAAUUUGUGCUGCUCGGCCACAGCGUUCAUCUGAAGGUGAUAUUUAGCGUACCCUAAAGUUUUAAACACUUGUUUGCACUAGCGAAAUUCUGAGCCUGAGAAUGGACAAAGCCUGAAACUGAACUGAACAGGUAAACUGAUUCUCAGCCGUAACUGGAACAUGUAUACUUGAUGACUCCAUUAAUGUAAUGUGAACAUCUGCUUUUGAUUCUUUAUUUGGCCAAACUGAUAUAAACUUGGAAAAUGUAAAACUUUGUGAUAUGAAGAUUUGAUCAGCCGGAGAUGUGCAAGUUAUGGGGAGGUAUUUUGUUGACAUUGCAUGCUGAGCAAUAUGGUACAAAAUUCAACGUAGGAUUUUAGAUGUUCCAAAAGUGUACUUAUAUGCUAUUUUAUAUGAUAAAAAGCUAAAAAUUUCUCAAACUGGAAACAAUAUUCUUUUUCUGGUAAUUUGUAAUUUGCUGCAGAGAUCAAAAGCAAUUUCAUGUAAAUUGAGCCUUUUCAUUAACACUGAUGUUGUAUGUAAAGAUAUCAGUCUACUAGGUCAUAAUUAAUGCUAUAAAAAUAUAUAUAUAUUUAUAUAAGUAUACAGAGAAUGUUUUAUUUAUGAAAUAUAUUUAAUGAAAGCAAUACAAAGAUGUGAUAUAUAAAUUGAGAUGUCUAAUAUAAUUUCAUGUUGAAUUUAAAUACUUAUAUAAAUAAAAAAAUAUUUUAC